CGGACGUCGCAGGCGGUGCGUCGGCGGCUGCGCGCGGCCCGCGGUUCCCACGGUCCUGCCGGCGCCCCCGAGGCGACUUCCAGAGCCCCGCCGCAGAUCUCUGCAGUUGAAACGCCCAGGGGCACAAUGAUUUGGAAAGUGGCCACGUUCCUCAGCGUGGCCCUGGGGACUGGCGCCAUCACCGUCGGUGUGGACAAUCCUGAGAAUGGCGGCAAGCACUGGGUGGUGAUUGUCGCGGGCUCCAAUGGCUGGUACAACUACAGGCACCAGGCAGAUGCUUGCCAUGCCUACCAGAUCAUUCACCGCAACGGGAUCCCCGAUGAGCAGAUCGUGGUGAUGAUGUAUGACGACAUCGCCAAUGCCAAAGACAAUCCCACCCCAGGGAUUGUGAUCAACAGGCCCAACGGCACGGAUGUGUACCAGGGCGUCCCGAAGGACUACACGGGAGAGAAUGUUACUUCAGAAAACUUCCUGGCUGUGUUGAGAGGCGACGCAGAAGCAGUGAAGGGCAAGGGGUCUGGAAGAGUCCUGAAAAGCGGCCCCCGGGACCAUGUGUUCGUGUACUUCACAGAUCAUGGAGCUACUGGACUACUGGUUUUUCCCAACGAUGAUCUGCACGUGAGGGACCUGAACAAGACCAUCCAUUACAUGCACAAGCACAAGAAGUAUGGAAAGAUGGUGUUCUACAUUGAGGCUUGCGAGUCCGGCUCCAUGAUGGACCACCUGCCCGAUGACAUCAACGUUUACGCGACUACCGCUGCCAACCCCACCGAGUCGUCCUACGCAUGUUACUACGAUGAGGAGCGGGGCACCUACCUGGGGGACUGGUACAGCGUCAACUGGAUGGAAGACUCGGACGUGGAGGACCUGACCAAGGAGACGCUGCACAGGCAAUACCAGCUGGUGAAGUUGCACACCAACACCAGCCACGUCAUGCAGUACGGGAACAAAUCGAUCGCCAGCAUGAAAUUGAUGCAGUUUCAGGGCACGAGGCACAGAGCCAGUCCUCCUGUCUCGCUGCCUCCGGUCACACACCUGGACCUCACCCCGGGUCCGGACGUGCCCCUGGAGAUCCUGAAAAGGAAGCUGAAGAGCGGCGCCAACACGCCGCAGUACAGGAAGCUCUCGGCAGAGAUACACAGGCUUCUGAAUGCCAGGACCAUCCUGGAGAAGUCGGUGAGCAAGGUGGUCUUCCUGCUGGCGGACUCCCAGGCUGAGGCAACAAGGCUGCUGUCCACCAGGUCCCCGCUCACCAAGCACGACUGCUACGAGGCGGCUGUCACACACUUCCGCACGCACUGUUUCAAUUGGCAUUCCUCCACGUACGAGUAUGCGUUGAGAUACCUGUAUGUGCUGGUCAACCUUUGUGAGAAGCCGUACCCACUGGACAGGAUCAAACUGUCCUUGGACAAGGUGUGCCUUGACUACUACUGAGCUGCCUUCCUAGCGCUUUUCCAGUGUGAACGCCGCCCCUUAGCAUGUGUACUGAUCCGAGACUGAAGAGGUGGAGCGCGAGGAGGCCCAGGCGCUGCCCUCUCGGAGCACGGUCGCAGGCUGGGCCUUGCCUCCCCAGCAGGGCCUGCGCGCCUUUCCCCCUUCCCUGGCCUUCUGCGGGAGGACGCGCAGGAUGCUCAGGGAGCCCCAGCCGCGAGAGGGCAGUGCUGUGCUGAGAGUGGCGCGCUGGCUUCACGGGAGGCCUGGGGCUGGCCUUGUCCUGCCCGUGGGCGCAAGGCGCAGGAAGGCCACCGGGCUCCUGUAGCCGGGGGAAGAAUCUUUGCCGUGAGAAGUCAGAAGCCGAGGCCUCUUCAAGUCUUCAGGGGGAUUUUAUUGAAGAGGGCCUGUGAGCCCAAAUGGAAAACUAUUUUUUAGAAAUUGUUACAAUUUUUGAUUGCUUUUGUAUUUUAUUUUGCAAUACUGGACAAGUCCUGGAAAAUAAAUUUCUGUAACUGAA